AAAGUCCCGCUCCUCUUCUGUGUCCCACUGAAAACCAACUGACCAAAUCAGGUCCAGUAUAAAUACAAGCUGAAGGCCAUUGGGCUCAAAGCCUGCCAAACCAUGGAGGAAGAGCGAGGUAGAGCUGAUGGUGCUAAGAACUUUGAGGGCCCUUCUUCUUGGUCAGAGCUGGACAAAGGCUUCCUCACAGACUGCAGUCUGUCCGCUUUGUCCAUUGAGGGAAUCCAUUUGAAGCCACCCAAAGGAAUUGUUGUGGAGUAUUCGGAUGGCAGUCCUGCCCCGCCUGCUCCUUUUAACCCCUCUUUGGGUGUUUUGUCACCUUUGAAUGCCCCCGGUAAGAGCUGCCUGCUGUCUCCAAGCAGCACCCUGGCUGCUGGCCUUAACAGUUUGAUCGAGGGCAAGUCCUCCACGCCUUAUGAGAGGGUUACGUUCCAAAAACCUGUUCUGGUUAGCUCGCUGGACCUGUCCUGCAUUGACCUGACCGCCUCUCACCCUCCGUGGGAAGUCUCGCUCAUCAGGCCCACCUUGGAGAGCCCAAAGCCAUGUUUGGACUCCAGCAAGUUGGAGUCAACAUGGAGCCCCAGUUACCAGUUGGUUCCCCCAGCGCUGGCAGACAUCUCCUCGCUCAUCUGGUCUGGGACACCAACUAGUAAAUCUGCCAUUGAGGAGUUUCAGAGGUCAAGUAAGGAAUCCACAUUCCAGGAUUCGAACCUGCGCCAUGCUGUUUUGGAGCUUGCGGAGGAGCAGCAGAAGAGCCUGGCCAGAAACUUUGCAACCUAAUGCAGCGAAGGGGCGGUUUAGGUAACUAGAAUAACCCGUCCCAGGGUGUGUGGUCAACACCUCGUUGGAUUUUGUGUGGUGACCGAUCACAAAAGCAUGAUGUCAAUGUAUUUUUGUAUUUGGAAAUAAAGCAUUAUAUUUACACACCGA